AUGGGUCUAGGCGCAUUCAUCGACAAGGCGAUGAACAAGAUCACCGCUCUUGAGGAUCGCAUUAACGCUUCAACUUUUGGUCGGGUCUUUCGCCUUGAUGGCUCUGGUCAUCCGAAAACCGUCCGGGGCGCAUCUUUCUUCCGAGAGAUUCGUGCCGGUUUGACCACCUUCGCUACUAUGGCCUACAUCGUUGCAGUCAAUGCUGCUGUCCUCGCAGACUCGGGAGGUACAUGUGAAUGCCCGCAAGGAACAGAGCCCGGCUGCCCUGGCAACGUUGAAUACGAAUUGUGCCUGACUGGUUUGAAGCGAGAUCUCAUCACAACCACUGCAGCCCUUUCAGGUCUCUCUAGCAUCGUUUUCGGAUUCCUUACAAACCUCCCUGUUUCUCUAGGACCAGGUAUGGGCUUGAAUGCCUACUUUACCUACCAGGUCGUCGGCUGGCAUGGUACAGGAAGAGUGCCCUAUCGGAUUGCCCUUACUGCCAUCUUUGUAGAAGGCUUCAUUUUCGUGUUCCUGGCACUGACCGGGAUGCGACAAUGGCUCGUCCGAAUGGUACCCGCGACUAUCAAGACGGCUUGCGGUGUCGGUAUAGGUCUGUUCCUCACUGAGAUCGGAUUGUCUUAUUCCGCAGGCAUUGGAGCUAUAACUGGUGGAUUCUCGACCCCUCUAGCAAUUGCCGGAUGCCCUGCAGAGUAUCUUGACAGCAAGGGAGAGUGUGCUAGCCACAUUAUGACUAGCUCUGGGAUGUGGAUUGGUAUCUUCCUCGGUGGAAUCUUUGUGGCGUUCAUGAUGGCCUUCAAGGUCAAGAGUGCCAUCGUCAUUGGUAUUGCUAUUGUUUCAGUUAUGUCCUGGCCUCGCAAUACCUCCUUCACCUACUUCCCUUACACAGAAGCAGGUGAGGAACGAUUUGCAUUCUUCAAACAAGUCAUCGCAUUCCAUCCGAUCCAGUCCGUCCUGAAUGUUCAACAGUGGGAUCUCUCUGGAGCCAGUGGUGCCCAGUUCGCUCUUGCGCUUAUUACUUUUCUGUACGUCGACAUUAUCGACUGCACGGCGACACUGUACUCGAUGGCCAAGUUUUGCGGCGUGGUGAACGAUGAUGGAGACUUUCCUCGAUCAACAAUCGCUUAUUGCACCGACGCCAUCAUGAUUUCGAUUGGUUCUCUCUUUGGUAGUUCGCCUGUUACUUGUUUCAUUGAGAGUGGUGCAGGAAUUGCUGAAGGUGGUCGAACCGGACUUACCGCGAUCUCAACCGGUGUCUGCUUCCUGGUCUGUCUCUUCUUUGCUCCAAUUCUCGCUUCUGUGCCUCCCUGGGCUACGGGAUCAACGCUCGUUUUGGUUGGCUGUCUGAUGAUCCGUCAAGUCAUCAACAUCAAUUGGCAGUACAUUGGUGAUGCUGUUCCGUCCUUUGUCACCCUCGCCUUCAUGCCCUUCAGUUACAGUGUCGCCUACGGAUUAAUUGCGGGUAUGAUGGUCUACAUCGUCCUCAACACCAUGAUAUGGGUCGUUGUAAAAUCUACUGGUGGGAAAGUUACACCAUCGAACUGGCACGACAAAGAGGUAUACGACUGGGGACUCGGAACUAGGGAUGUCCCUGGAUGGGUAAAGAUUCUCAGGCGAAAGAUUCUGCCAGCCCACCUUCUAGUAGACAACCGAAAGGACGGUGUGGAAUUGGUCGACAACGAUAGUGCCAUUAACGCCGCCUCGCGAGGUAAUUCGGCUGACGACGGAAAGGACAUGCACGUCUCACAGAGUCACUCCCUGCGAAGUCACGCACUGCGAACCCACACCCUGCAGGCUCAACGAGCACACGCAAUGCAGAAUCAGCAGGCACCACGUUCACCAAGUUCCCCCCGACCUUACACAGUUGAGUCGGAUGCUGGCGUUUUCACGUUCCUCCUCAACAACUUAGGCGUACAGAACGUUCAGUUCGAGGAGCUUCUUACCCUAGAACCCGAGUCGCUCGCCAGUCUCUACCCCGUCUACGGCGUCAUCUUCCUCUUCAAGUAUCCGACAGACCAACCAUACACAUCGACCGAGAAGCCGCUCGACGGAUCCUUCGACCACAAUGCUGGCGACCAGCUUUGGUUCGCUGCCCAGACCAUACAGAAUGCGUGCGGUACACAAGCAUUGUUGUCGGUUCUUAUGAACCACGCAGAUGGAGAGCUAGACGUGGGCGGUCCACUACAAGAAUUCCGAGAAUUUACAAUGGCGUUACCACCCGAGUUCCGCGGCGAGGCGCUGAGCAACAGCGAGCUCAUCCGAGACGUACAUAAUAGCUUUGCGCGCAGCAGCCCGUUUGUGGACGAGACGCAGCAGCGGGGUGGCGAGACCGAAGAUGCCUUCCAUUUCGUAGCUUACACGCCGGUUAACGGUAAGCUCUACGAACUAGAUGGUUUACAACCAGCGCCGAUCACGCAUGGAGCAUGUGGGCCGGAGGAGUUCCCUCAGAAAGUUAUGGAGGUGCUACAGCGACGCAUCGCACGCUACGAUUUAUCGGAAAUCCGAUUUAACCUCAUGGCAAUGGUCCGCGACCGACGGAUAACAGCGCGCGAGAUUGGCGAUGCAGAGAUGCUAGCACGGGAGGAGCGCAAGCGCCGCGAUUGGCAAUUCGAGAAUGCGCUGCGACGGCACAAUUUUGUGGGGUUUGCGGGUUCGGUGUUGAAGGGCGUUGUGGAUAUGAAGUUAAAGGAGAGUGGCGGCAGCGAGGAUGCUUACAAAAAGUGGAUUGAGGACGCGACGACGAAGACAAGGCAACGGCUCGAGGCGCGUAAGAAAGGAGGUGGGGAGGAUAUUGAAAUGGAGGAUUAA